AUGAAAACCUUGUCUGCCAAUCCAGUUACUAUAGCAUCAGUCUCGUUAGACCAGGAUUCUAUUCCUAACGGAGCAUCAAGUACUUCCAGAUUUGUACAGAAACAUUCAUCAGCAUCUACUUUAUUAAAACAUCAACGAAUCAAAACUGAUAGUGUCAAACACACUUUUACUAAAGCCAGCACUAGAAGAAACCAGCCUGCUCCUCAGCUAACUGGUUCACUUCUUUGUCAAGUACAUCAGACUAUUUGUGCUAGAAUACUGCAGCAAGUUGGCUUUGAAUCUAUAUCUGCUGAAGCUCUCGGAGAGUUGGAAUCUACAUUAGAUCAUUAUUUAUUCGAUCUGACUGACCGUAUUCGUAUCUACGCUGAACUCAAUGGUCACACUCGACCAACGCUACAAGACAUUUCAAUGGGUCUCGUUUACUUUGGAGUGUCAUUGACUGACUUGCACUGCUAUGCCAAGGAAUUCAUCACAUCACAUCAACAGGAGCUUUCAAAUGUUCCAAUUACACUACAUAGUGCUCCUACUGAUCAAUCUGUCUGGGAAGCUAAUCCAUUCUUUUCCAAUCCUACACUGCUUACCGAAAAAACUAUGACAAAGGCUGAUGGACAAUCACUCCAGCUUUCGCCAAAAUGGAUGAAGUCCCAUUUCCCUCCGCUUCCACCACCCCAUAGCUAUCUCUCUAGUAAAAUACCCAUGCAUCCUGAUACAGAAGGGGUUAAAGAAAUAUCAGAUAGCAUUGAGCAGGCUAGACUGAUGGAACGUAAUUUGAAGAAAUUACUUUUUGGAGGUGUCUUGGACGACGUUGUAGAUCCACAACACUUUGAGCCAGUGAAUUACUUGGAAAUAAAGUAUCGUCGUGUAUGA